CGUUGCGAGAGCGCACCAGCGAGCUGCCCCAUCCAGUUCUCGUUCUCCUCAAACCUCUCGCCCUUCCUCUUUCUCCUCAAACCUCUCGCGUUCCUCUCAACGAACUUAGACGACCAGACGCAGUCGGCCAUCGCCGGCGAAGAAGACAAUCAGCCAUAGCCAAGUUGGCAGAGAAGAAAGACAGUAGCAGUCGGUCGCCGGAGAAGAAGAGAAGAGGCCAUAGCCACAUUGGUAGAGAAGAAAGCCUAUUAGCAGUCGGGCACUGGUGAAGAAGACUACCCGCCAUAGCCAAGGUGACAGAAAAGGAGAGGAGGUCAUUAGCAGUCGGCCGCGGUCGACGAAGACAGCCGGCCAUAGCUAAGAAGAAGGUCCAACAACCGGCGACCAUGAAGAAGCCGGUGACGAGUUUGUUCACAUCACCAUCGCGGGCGACCGCGUGCUUGCUGUUCCUUAUACUUGUGCAUUUUGCCGUCAAUGGGGAGGCGCGCCGGCAGCCGAGGGUCCGAGUCAUAGGGUUCAGCUACUCGGGCUCGGCUUGCCCGCCCGGGAGUAUGAAUGGCACUGUGGGAGGAGGAGGGUUCUUCAUCGGCGAGGUCCGGGCGUCGGCGACGGGUGGACUCCUGAACAGAAGAAAGGUCUGUUCGUUGAGCUUCGAGUUGUCCUAUCCGAGCGGUUGGCAGUUCGCUGUCCGUCGGAUCAACAUCCGAGGCUCGGCGAAACUGAGUAGCGGAGCUCGAGGUACGGCGCAGGUUAGGUACUAUGUGUCGGGAUUCCCGGGAACGGCUUCGACUUCGUGCGCACUCGUGGGUCCGUUCAGGGGGAAGUAUAAUCUCCCGCGCAAAUUCCAGAACAAGGUUUUCAGUCCCUGUGGCAAAGUUCGCAAUUUGAACGUCAUGGUCGAAGCGAGGAUUACUCCUGGCACGAAGCCGCAGAAAUCCGAUUAUGUGAGCAUAGGUGGUUCUCCCUUCACGCUUGGCCUGCAUUGGAAGAGGUGUUGAAAGCUGCGUGCUGCCUUGGAAUCCCUCUGCUAUGUAUGACACGUGAAGGCGGUUUUUCUGGCAUUUGGAGAGGGGUUCUGCGAUAGGUGGAGGAGGUAAUCAAUGUCGGGUCGAUCUGAGGUGCACGGGCGGAGGCGGCAGGGCGGGGUCCACGGGCUGAGGCGGCAGAUGGGAGGGCAGGUGUAGGGGCGGAGGGGGAUGAGAGAGGAGAAGGGGGGGGAAGGGACGGGGCGUGGAGUGGAGUGGAGCGGGACAGGGCGUGGGGAAGGGGAGGUGCAGCGGGAACGAUAGUCUUCGUGCCACAUGAUUGGCUAUUGCGUCCGUGAUGAUGUCGGGUCGAGCCCCCGUCCACUUAACCUGGCGAGACAGCUUUCCUAUGCCACGAGGUCGCUAUGCGUCCGUGAUGGUGCUCGUGUCCACGUGGCCGUUUUCUUGUCGUGCAACAUGUCCGCGGGGCGAAUACGUGUUGACUUUGCGAAGUAUACUUAUUGAUUGAUGGGAGGAGUGCGCUAACUGAUGUUAGACGUGUACUUAUUGGUGGGAGUAGUGUAGUAAUCGGUGGGAGUACUAUACUAUGCUAAUUGGUGGGGCGGACAUUCUUUUUCUUUGUUGAUAAAAACAGUAUACACUAAUUGAAGGGAGUAACAGGGGCCGACGGCGUCCAGCUCGGUGAGGACUGUAAACAGGAAGGGUGUCCGUGUCUCGCGAUUUGUCCGUUAUGGUGCUCGUGUCCACGCGGCCGUUUCUUGUCGUGCACUGCGAACUCAUAGGACGACUAGUAUACUAACUGAUCGGAGGAGUGUACGAAUCGAUGGGAGGAGGAUACUAAUUGGUGGGAGGAUCAUACUUUUAUGUAUAUGUAUAAGCCAUAGCGUAUAUAUGUACUAAUUGAAGGGGGGAGGAGAAGGGGCCGAGGGCGUCCACGUGGCCAAGGACUGUGAAGAGGCAGGGUUUCGAAGCCUCGUGGUCGCGACGCGUCCUUGUCGGGGUCGGUGUCCACGUGGGCAUUUGUUGUGGACUGUAAGGCUCCGGUGUAAUUAAUGGGAUGAGACGUGAAAGAUGCUGUAUUUAAUUGAUGGAUUUCAGGGCCGAUGGCAAGAGCGGUAAGUAGGUUGUGUACUGCGUACACGUGUCGCGCAGAUGUUUGUCUGGGGGUUCUGGGGGUUUGUGGCGGACUGUGUCCCGGCGGUGUAAUUAAUGGGAUGAGGCAUUCUAAUUAUGCUGUAUUGAAUUGAUGGAUUCCAGCGCCGAUGGCAAGAGCGGAUAGUAGGUUGUGUACUGUGGACACGUGUCACGCAGCUGUCUGUCGGCGGACUGUGUUCCGGUGUUUCUGAUUACGACUUGAUGGGAAUGGAGGUUUACGCUAAUUAGUAAUGCCCAGCCCGAUGGCAAGAGCGGUAAGUAAGGUUGUGUACCGUGUACACGUGUCAAGCAGCUGUUUGUCGGCGGACUACGUCCCGGUGUUGUCGAAUAUGUGACGUGAUGGGAGGAGGUUCAUGCUAAUUAGUGUG